CAUAGGGGCACCUCAGCACCUUGUUGACGGGGGGGGGGGCUACAGCAACAGGAUACAGUCUAAUAAAGCUAUCGUCGGAGGAGAGAUAAAGAUCAUCGGUUUCAUCUGGGACCAUGGGGUUCACGUAUCUUGCUGUGAUACUCUCUGUCACCAUCAUCCACCAAAUUUCAGGCUUGACCUUCGGGACGCGUGAGACUGACACACCACCGACAUCAUCCCCCGACUCUUACCCUCUUGGUGACCUGAUCCACGCUGCCCGACAAACAGGCACGACCACCAAUCCGACGCAGGCGGUGCCUGGUGUCGGACGGAGCGAGUCGACCGCCACGGUCAUUUCGCCGGGACUGCUCACCACAGCGUUGGGCUCCUCCUCUGCAGGCGGCCACGCGGGAUUGAGAAACCGCAUGUCCUUCGUCCCCAUGGAGGAGGAGACAACCACUACUCUAAUCACCACCACCACUAUAACCACAAUGCACAUGCCAGUUCAGUGCAACGCGUCUUUGUCUGCGAUGGAAGAUGUCGUCGAGUCACCGGAUUCCGCAUCAUCAUCAGUUUCCCCGCUGGAAUGCACUUACAGCAUUCGAGUGUAUGCAGGUUACGGUGUGGAGAUUCAGGUGAGGAAGGUGAAUCUGUCCAGGGAGGAGUCCCUGAUUAUUAUGGGGCAUGGGGGGUUGACACCUAAGAUGUUGGCCAAUGAGACUUUGAUGAGAGAGGGUCAGGUGAUUCGCAGUCCCACCAAUCAGGUUUACAUCCACUACCGCAGUCGCCAGUCCAACAACCACGGCAAGUUCAUCCUGCACUACCAAGCUUUUAUGCUGUCCUGCACCUUCCCUCGCUCUCCCGAAAGCGGCGGGGUGACCGUGACCGACAUCCAUCCUGGCGGUCAGGCACACUUCCAUUGUGAUCCAGGUUUCCAAGUCCGAGGUCAUGAAGUCGCGACCUGCGUCAACACAUCACAACCGCACUGGAGCACGCCGGAACCCCAAUGUGUUGCUGUUUCUUGCGGGGGGUGGAUUCGUAACGCAACGGUGGGCCGAAUACUGUCGCCACCCCCGCCGUCUGUUGCCAACCACAGUAAUGGAAACAACCUGAGCUGCCACUGGUUACUCGAGGCCAAAGAGGGCCACAGACUCCACCUGCAUUUUGAGAGGAUUGCACUGGAUGAAGAUGACGAUAAGUUAAUUGUGCGCAGCGGGAACAGUUCGCUGUCACCGCUUCUCUUCGACUCAGAUAUGGAUGACGUGCCAGAGCACGGACUGCUGAGCGAGGGCACCUCCCUGUACAUGGAGCUCACUGCCGAUUCGUCCUCCAUCCCCCUACUUCUGGCACUGCGAUAUGAGGCGUUUGAUGACGAGCACUGCUGGGAGCCCUACAUGCCGCAUGGAAAUUUCAGCAGUAGUGACAUCAGCUACCAGUUGGGCACGACGGUAACCUUCAGCUGCUCGCCGGGCUUUGUCAUGGAACAGGGCUCCGCCACCAUUGAGUGUGUGGACCCCAGCAACCCACACUGGAAUGACAGCGAACCUGUGUGCAAAGCGCUGUGUGGGGGGGAGCUCACUGAGCCCUCGGGUACCAUCCUGUCUCCCGAUUGGCCUCAGAGCUACUCCAAGGGCUUGGAUUGCUUAUGGCAGAUCCACGGCAAUGAAGAGAAGCGCAUUGAGUUGGACGUCCAUAUCUUAAAUAUUCGCCACACCGACGUGCUGACCAUUUUUGACGGCCGUGAUCUCACGUCGCAUGCCAUCGGCCAAUACCUGGGGUCCAAAGAGCGCUUCCAAGUUGUAUCCGGUGGCUCAGAAGUCACCAUUCAGUUUCAAAGUGAUCCAGAAGAUUCCAGUUUCAUCCUGAGUCAGGGAUUCCUGAUUCAUUAUCAUGAGGUUGAGCCAAAUGACACCUGCCCCGCUCUCCCUCAAAUCGAGUUUGGGUGGAUCAGCUCGUCCCAUUCCUCCCCAGUAAGAGGAAGCGUGCUGACCUAUCAGUGCCAACCAGGAUAUGACAUCAAUGGCUCUGACAUCAUCACCUGUCAGUGGGACCUCUCCUGGAGCAGCAGCCCACCCACCUGUGUCAAAGUCCAGCAGUGUCCUGACCCAGGAGAGGUUGUAAAUGGAGCUCGCUCUGUGCGCCCCGAAGCAGGUUUUGCAGUCGGCACCAUUGUGCGUUUCUCCUGUAACCAAGGUUACCAAAUCGAAGGUCCCAGCCAAAUCUCCUGCCACGGACGAGACACCCGCAACCCCAAAUGGAGUGACCACAGCCCAAAGUGUGUCUUAAAAUAUGACCCGUGCCCGAACCCUGGCGUCCCAGACAAUGGAUACCAGACGUUGUACAAGCACAGCUACCCGGCAGGAGAUACUUUGCGUUUCUUCUGUUACGAAGGGUAUGAGCUCAUCGGUGAGGUCAUUAUCAGCUGUGUUCCUGGACACCCAUCUCAGUGGAACAGCCCACCACCCUUUUGCAAAGUGGCCUAUGAAGACCUUCUGGAUGAUCAUAAAUUAAAGGUGUCUCAGUCUUUUGAGCCCUCCCAUCAGAUCCUGAGCGAGAACAUUGCUCUUGCAAUAAUUCUGCCCAUCAUCCUUGUCAUCCUCCUGAUCGGAGGAAUUUACAUGUACUAUACAAACAUCUGCAGACUAGAAUGGAAGCCACUCUUCUGGAAAUCUCUCUCCCACACGCACUCUUACAGUCCCAUCACGGUCGAGUCUGAUUUCAACAAUCCUCUGUAUGAGGCAGGGGAUACACGGGAGUAUGAAGUGUCCAUUUAAAGGCCAAAAUAUCUUGGUGAGAUAUAUAUAUAAUAAAAAAAAGAAAAAACAAAUUGUUUUGAGAACAUGUUGAUUGCUUCAACCAAUGACCAUGAAAUCUGCUUUCAUUUUAUUUAAUAUGUAUUUAUUUCUUUUGGCUUAUUUAUUCCACUUCCAGCACCACCGUAUAUUUAUGUUCUGAAUUAUGGAAGUCCUAAUGAGAAUUUUUGCAUCAGCCCGAGGUGGAUUUGACCUCAGUCAGUGUCGCAUCGGGACUUGUGCCUUACAAGGGUUAACAAAUUCACUCCAGCAAAGUAACGGUGAAGGGUGGCAAAGGAAUUGUUUAUUUGUCUGGGUCAAAUAUAUAAAUAUAGGACAAAACCUUGACAAACUGUUAUCAAUGACAAAAAAAAUUCUACACUUCUGACCAAACAGAAUGCACUUGAAUGUUUUUGUGCUUAUGUUGCAGACAGAAAUAUGUUGUGUUAAUACACCAUUUUCUCUCUUAUUCAAUGUCUCUGUAAUAUACUCACACACACGCGUGCACACAUGUACACACACACAAUGAAUGUAA